AUGCAGGUCACCAUUGAUGCCACUUCUAGCACUAGUGUUACUGCCAUCAUCGAGAAUAUCAGCACUAGAAACUCCGCGACCCACUCAUUCUCUAAUAUAACUGACGGUUCUCUGUGUGAAUACAAUGCCGGGUGGAUUAUUGAAGACUUUGAGAGUGACAGCGAGCUUGUUGAUUUCGCCAACUUUGGUACUAUUACCUUUAGCGAUGCUAUAGCCAAGUCUGGCAACACAUCCUAUGGCCCUUCGACUGCUACCAUCAUGGAUAUCAAGCAGGCCGACACUGUUCUGACUUACAGCUCUAUUACUGAUGAUAGUGUCACUAUAACAUACUAUAAAUCUAGCUGA